AUGGUUCAAAUAUUGAUCCUGCUAUUGAGAGCUUGUCCAGAAAGCAUGGCAGAUGCUACGAUGAUAAAACAUGCUUUACUUUUAGUUGGAUACAGUGAUGUUUCCCAAAUAUUUAUCGGUGAUGGAGGAUACUGCUAUACACCCUACAAGUAUUCAACUGAUAAAGGAUUAAUUAAUUAUGCUCGUAAAGCGAAGAAAUGGAAGAGACCGGAUGGUGUCAAGUGGAUGGAAUCAAUUAUACAAAUUACAAUGAAGAUGGCGAAUCCAAUGUUUUUGAUGCAAAUAAAACAGAAACUAUAUCAAUGA